CAAGGUGUCAAAAGGAGACUGAGCCGGUUAGAGGCCAGACUCGUUCGUGUAAGAAGUUAGCAUCUCAGGCAAAAUUCUGAAUGCCCUUUGCACUUGUAGUGCUGUCGGCUGUACUUUAUACAAGCAUCCAGGUGUGGGCAGUGGUUCAGGGCUUUGGGGAUCUCUCUUACCGGCCCAAGGAUCCAAGGCAGUCCGUGCAAAACCUGGCCAGCAGCCCGAGUGAGUAGGAGCCAUGUGACUCUGCUGAGUUGGAGUGUGCUGUUGCCUCCUGCUUCAGAGCUACCUGAUCCGAAUACUAAGCAGAGCGAGUGCCGGGGCGAGUGGAAGACACCGAAGACACUGCAGAGCAAGGUGCAUUUUCCAGAGGUGUUAUAGAACAUGGACAUUAAAGACCAGGGAGCCCAAAUGGAGCCGCUGCUGCCCACGCGAAAUGAUGAAGAAGCAGUUGUGGAUAGAGGUGGAACACGUUCUAUUCUCAAAACACAUUUUGAGAAAGAAGAUUUAGAAGGUCAUCGAACAUUAUUUAUUGGAGUUCAUGUGCCCCUGGGUGGAAGAAAAAGCCAUCGUCGUCACAGGCAUCGUGGUCAUAAGCACAGAAAGAGGGACAGAGAGAGAGAUUCGGGGCUAGAGGAUGGACGAGAGUCACCUUCUUUUGAUACCCCAUCACAACGGGUGCAAUUUAUUCUUGGAACUGAGGAUGAUGACGAGGAGCACAUUCCUCAUGACCUUUUCACAGAACUGGAUGAAAUUUGCUGGCGUGAAGGGGAAGAUGCCGAAUGGCGGGAGACAGCCAGGUGGUUGAAGUUUGAAGAAGAUGUGGAAGAUGGAGGAGAAAGGUGGAGUAAACCCUAUGUGGCUACGCUUUCAUUGCACAGCCUGUUUGAGUUGAGAAGCUGUGUUCUGAAUGGAACUGUGCUACUGGACAUGCAUGCCAAUACUUUAGAAGAAAUUGCAGAUAUGGUCCUUGACCAGCAGGUCAGUUCAGGUCAACUGAAUGAAGAUGUACGCCACAGAGUCCAUGAAGCACUGAUGAAACAGCAUCAUCACCAGAACCAGAAGAAACUCACCAACAGGAUUCCCAUUGUCCGAUCUUUUGCUGAUAUUGGCAAGAAACAAUCAGAACCAAAUUCCAUGGAUAAAAAUGCAGGUCAGGUUGUUUCUCCUCAGUCUGCUCCAGCCUGUGCUGACAAUAAAAAUGAUGUUAGCAGGGAAAACAGCACUGUUGACUUUAGCAAGGGACUGGGAGGCCAACAAAAGGGGCAUACUAGUCCAUGUGGGAUGAAACAAAGGCAUGAAAAAGGACCUCCACACCAGCAAGAGAGAGAGGUCGAUCUGCAUUUUAUGAAGAAGAUUCCUCCAGGUGCUGAGGCUUCAAACAUCUUGGUGGGAGAGCUUGAGUUCCUGGACAGAACUGUGGUCGCCUUUGUCAGAUUGUCUCCGGCUGUCUUGCUCCAAGGCCUGGCUGAAGUUCCAAUCCCAAGCAGAUUUCUGUUCAUUCUUCUGGGACCCUUGGGAAAGGGUCAACAGUACCAUGAGAUCGGCAGAUCAAUUGCAACCUUAAUGACUGAUGAGGUAUUUCAUGAUGUUGCUUACAAAGCUAAAGACCGAAAUGACUUGGUGUCAGGAAUUGAUGAGUUUCUGGACCAGGUCACAGUUCUCCCUCCUGGAGAAUGGGACCCAAGUAUCCGGAUAGAACCUCCUAAAAAUGUUCCUUCCCAGGAGAAGAGGAAGAUUCCUGCUGUACCAAAUGGAACAGCAGCUCAUGGGGAAGCAGAGCCACAUGGAGGACAUAGCGGCCCUGAGCUCCAGCGAACCGGAAGGAUUUUUGGGGGACUUAUAUUAGAUAUCAAAAGAAAAGCUCCAUUCUUCUGGAGUGACUUCAGAGAUGCUUUCAGCCUGCAGUGUUUAGCAUCUUUCCUGUUUCUCUACUGCGCAUGCAUGUCUCCUGUCAUCACCUUUGGAGGACUCUUGGGAGAGGCAACUGAAGGUCGUAUAAGUGCAAUCGAAUCCCUCUUUGGAGCAUCUAUGACUGGGAUAGCCUAUUCUCUUUUUGGUGGACAGCCCCUUACCAUAUUAGGCAGUACAGGACCUGUUUUGGUGUUCGAAAAGAUUUUGUUUAAAUUUUGCAAAGAAUAUGGGCUGUCAUACUUGUCUUUACGAGCCAGCAUUGGGCUUUGGACUGCAACCUUGUGUAUCAUCCUUGUGGCCACUGAUGCGAGUUCCCUUGUCUGCUAUAUCACUCGGUUUACUGAAGAAGCUUUUGCUUCUCUUAUUUGCAUCAUUUUUAUCUAUGAAGCCUUGGAGAAACUGUUUGAACUCAGUGAAGCCUACCCAAUCAAUAUGCACAACGAUUUGGAACUGCUGACACAGUACUCAUGUAACUGUAUGGAGCCACAUAGUCCCAGCAAUGAUACACUGAAGGAAUGGAGGGAGUCCAAUAUUUCUGCCUCUGACAUUAUUUGGGGGAACCUAAGUGUGUCAGAGUGCAGAUCACUGCAUGGUGAGUAUGUUGGGCGCGCCUGUGGCCAUGGCCAUCCCUAUGUGCCAGAUGUUCUCUUUUGGUCGGUGAUCCUGUUCUUCUCCACAGUCACCAUGUCAGCCACACUGAAGCAGUUCAAGACGAGCCGGUAUUUCCCAACCAAGGUUCGAUCCAUAGUGAGUGAUUUUGCAGUUUUUCUUACAAUUCUUUGUAUGGUUUUAAUUGACUAUGCCAUUGGGAUUCCAUCGCCAAAACUACAAGUACCAAGUGUUUUCAAGCCUACGAGAGAUGACCGUGGCUGGUUUGUUACACCUUUAGGUCCAAACCCAUGGUGGACAAUUAUAGCUGCUAUUAUCCCAGCUUUGCUUUGUACAAUUCUGAUUUUCAUGGACCAACAGAUUACAGCUGUCAUCAUCAACAGAAAAGAGCAUAAACUUAAGAAAGGUUGUGGCUAUCACCUGGAUCUGCUAAUGGUGGCCAUUAUGCUUGGGGUGUGCUCCAUUAUGGGCCUGCCAUGGUUUGUGGCUGCCACAGUCCUCUCUAUCACUCAUGUCAACAGCCUGAAGCUGGAAUCAGAAUGCUCUGCUCCAGGAGAACAACCCAAGUUUCUCGGCAUCAGGGAACAGAGAGUGACUGGGCUCAUGAUUUUUAUUCUUAUGGGCUCAUCAGUUUUUAUGACCAGUAUUCUGAAGUUUAUCCCCAUGCCAGUGUUGUAUGGAGUGUUUCUUUAUAUGGGGGCUUCGUCUCUCAAGGGAAUUCAGUUAUUUGAUAGAAUAAAGCUCUUCUGGAUGCCAGCCAAACAUCAACCAGAUUUUAUAUAUCUAAGGCAUGUACCACUCCGGAAAGUCCAUCUCUUCACAAUCAUUCAGAUGAGUUGUCUUGGCCUUUUGUGGAUAAUCAAAGUUUCAAGAGCUGCUAUUGUCUUCCCUAUGAUGGUGUUAGCCCUGGUAUUUGUGAGAAAGUUGAUGGACUUCUUGUUUACCAAACGGGAACUCAGCUGGCUUGAUGAUUUAAUGCCCGAGAGUAAGAAAAAGAAACUCGAAGAUGCAGAAAAAGAAGAAGAACAAAGUAUGCUAGCCAUGGAAGAUGAGGGCACAGUACAACUCCCACUGGAGGGACACUACAGAGAUGACCCAUCUGUGAUCAAUAUUUCUGAUGAAAUGUCAAAGACUGCCAUGUGGGGGAACCUUCUGAUUACUGCUGACAACUCAAAAGAUAAGGAGUCACGUUUUCCUUCUAAAAGCGUUGAAAGUGGAGAAGAGAAGAAAGCUUCCUCAGGGAAAGGCAUCGACAGGGAGACUUGUCUAUGACUAGGUCUUCAAUUGAUUUUUUUCAUAUAUAUGAGAAGAGUGUCACAAUUAUUAAUAAAACUGCUUUGAUCAUGUAUCGUAAAUCCAGUCUCCCCUCCCAAAUCCAACUUCAUACUGUAAGUAGUGCAACGCUUGUUCCAUUUCUGUGUUUAACCUCUGAGCAGUGUGACCCCCUUGUGAGCAGAUACAAUAGCUAACGCAAGAGCCCCCCCAUGUUACUACCAUGAGACAUUCACCAAUACAACAUUCUCACUGUCAGCGUUAUGAGAACAAAGCUUUCUUAAGAAAAAAAGUCAUAAUUACCUAGUUUGUAUUUUCCUACCUUAGUAACCUAAAGAUACCUGAUAAUUUUAUUUAGAAGAAUUUUGAAAGGUAGUUUUACUUUUUAUUUUUUAAGCCUUAGCAUUAGGGACUUGUUUUGAAAGACCCAAAUCAAAAGGCUACCUUGAAAGCAUUUUUAACAAUUGUAUGUAUGUAUUUCCUGACUUACUAUGAUGCAUUUAAUACUUAAUCUCUAACUGACACUUCAGGUUAUCUGAGAGUCCUGUAGUGUUUGUUUAGAACAUUGUAACCAUGAGGUCAAGUACAAGGCUUCUAUGAGAUGCUUUAGAGAUAUUUGAAGAGUUUUGUGAGAUUUUUUUUUUCAUUUCAAGUCUUUACCAGAAAUGUGCUAUUGACUUUCUCUCCCAUUGACAACAGUUGCCUCCCAGACACACCUAUGACAUACACAGGUAUGGAAUGCCACAUGGUGAGUCACACAUGAAAUGCCAAUCCCCGUACAGCCCUUCUGCUGACAGUGGCCACGCACUGCUUAGUACUGGUUCCUAUGGUGUCGUGUUGUCGUGUUGGAACAACAGGUCUCCAACUGUAAUUGUUUUUGCAAAGUUCUUUUCCACAUUUAAUUAAAUGCAUGUUGUGGAAAAACAAUCUUUGAACUAAAAUUCAGAUUCUGUUAGAAAAGGUUAUGUAAAUAUUUCAGUCCAUAUGAAACAAUCCAACUUUACUAAGCUUAUUGAAACAGGAAGGAAGUAAUGGAUUUUUUCGGUAUUACUAAAUAUAAAGUUCAUUUAAUUUUAGAUGAAUGUGAGUUAAUAAAAAUGAAAUCUCAUAGGAUUCUUAGUUCCUAAGGAUUAUCAAUAAUUGACAUCCUUAGAAUUUUUCAAUGUCCAAAUUUAGAAAAAUUCAGAGCCCUGUGGCUUUUAUAAACUAUAUGUAUUCGAUGUAAAUGCACAUAAUUGGACAAACUCCUCUGUUACUAAGUGAAGAACAGCAAAGCCUACAUUAACUUUGACAUUUUGAUAUCUUUUGAAAAAAAAAUUUCUCACAGUCUUUUCAGGAGCCAUUUUUUUUAAAAUGCAAUAUGAGCUAAAGAAGUAUUUGCAGUUAGUAAAGUUUGUAUUUAUAAAUGGUAAGGAAAAUGAAAACUCUCUGUUCCAAAUGUGCUGCCUUUGUGUAGGUUGUAACCUGACACUCCAUCUAGACAUUCUCACUGUUCAUGAUUUAGCAGGUCAAUCCCAAAGCAGUCUCCUAGUGUUUCCAUAUAGUAGUACCUAUUCCGUUAAAAAUGAUCAGUGAAUUAAAACCUUCACAUGAUCACUGGUUUGAACAAGCAAUCAUCCUAUGAAAUUCUGUAUUUCUGAGUAUUUUUAUAGUAAUUUUGUUCUUGUGUGAAUUUUAAUGCUAUCUCUAUCUUAAUCUUAAUAUUUUGAAAUCACAUAAACUAUAAGAAAAUGUAGUCUUAUAUAUUUACUCCUAAUUUCAGAUUCCUGGUCAAAAUUACUGAAUAUCUUGAAUGUAAUUUAUUGCAAUGUUUAAGUAAUGUGUAAAUGUGACUAGGAUAUUGUGUUUUUCAAAACUAAGAAAUGUUAUGUGGAAAUAAAUAUUUAUCCUAACUAA